UUGUGGGAGUAAAACUACAGUUCCCUCUGCGCUCCUCGAAGGUGUUAGUUGUCAAUAUGGCUGUUGUCAGACAGACAAAGCGGAGAGGCAAAUAAUUCGCCUCUGAUUAGAAAUCCUUGGAAAAGGGUCGCGCAGGGCACUGCCAUCAAACUGCGUUAUAAUUCGGCAGCAGUCAAAGACACCGCUUGGCUUGUGCUUUACUUUUGAAGUUAAAUGGUGAAGUGGACUAUUUGAACCGAGCCUGUGAGUUUCCUGAACUUCCCGCCUGUGCUUCCUGUUUGUCUCUUCCUGCCCAGCAGCAGCAGCAGGAUGUCCGACUUCAGCGAGGAGCCGCGCUUCACCAUCGAGCAGAUAGACCUGCUGCAGAGGCUGCGUCGCACCGGCAUGACGAAGCAGGAGAUCCUGCACGCGCUCGACACUCUGGACCGGCUGGACCGGGAGCACGGUGACAAGUUCGGCCGCCGCACCUCUUCCUCCUCUUCCUCCUCGUCCACCUACCUCGUAGGCGGGGCCAACAGCUCCGCUGCCAAAACAACCGCCACAUCCUUCAACAAUAACGCCACUGCCUCGGCAACAACAACCACCACCACCUCUUCCUCUUCGGCGACGUGCAACGGCGGCGAAGGCGGCGACCACUCCUCCUCCUCCUCCCUCGUCGUCGUGGCCGCCGCCGUCGCCUCGUCCACCACCUCCAAGAUCUCCACAGCCACGCAAACGCAGUUCAACAACAGUGGCGGAGGGCUGUCCCCGUCGCCCAGCAACAGCUACGACACGUCCCCGCCCCCCGGGCCGCCACCACCCUCAGCUGUGCUGCCAUCGCCCGUGGCGCUGGUGGUGCUGUCGCAGAACGGACGGGACAGCCUGGCCGCCACGCCCAACGGGAAGCUGUCCCCGCCUCGCUACCCAGUGAACAGCGCGGCGGCGUCCAGGGCGUUUGGCUUCGAAGCCGCAGAAGAAGACCUGGACGUGGACGACAAGGUGGAGGAGCUGAUGAGACGGGACAGCAGUCUGGUCAAAGAAGAAAUCAAAGCUUUCCUGGGGAACCGGAGGAUUUCUCAGGCUGUCGUGGCUCAAGUGACCGGCAUCAGCCAGAGCAGGAUCUCCCAUUGGCUGCUGCAGCACGGCUCCGACCUGAGCGAGCAGAAGAAGAGGGCUUUCUACCGCUGGUACAUCCUGGAGAAAACCACGCCAGGUGCCACUCUGAACAUGCGGCCAGCGCCGCUGCCUCUGGAGGAGAUGGAGUGGAGGCAAACCCCGCCGCCCCUCGCCACCGCCCCCGGAACCUUCCGGCUGCGUCGGGGAAGCCGCUUCACCUGGAGGAAGGAGUGCCUGGCUGUGAUGGAGAGCUACUUCAAUGACAACCAGUACCCAGAUGAAGCCAAAAGAGAGGAGAUAGCCAACGCCUGCAAUGCUGUUAUUCAGAAACCAGGGAAGAAGCUGUCUGAUCUGGAGAGGGUGACCUCCCUGAAAGUCUACAACUGGUUCGCUAACCGGCGCAAGGAGAUCAAGAGACGAGCUAAUAUUGAAGCAACAAUCCUGGAGAGUCAUGGGAUAGACGUUCAGAGUCCAGGUGGACACUCCAACAGCGACGACAUCGAUGGGAAUGACUUUGCAGAGCAGGCCUGCGACCUGCCCUACUUCGACAAGAGACCUCUCAGCCGACCGUUUGGCCUUUACCGCCUGGAGCCCACCUCACCUACACAGGACGACGGUGCAGCUCACAACGAGCAUCAGGACCCCAUCUCUCUGGCCGUGGAGAUGGCCGCCGUCAACCACACCAUCUUGGCGCUGUCCAGAACCGGAGGCGUGCCCAACGACAUCAAGACCGAGUCCCUGGAGGAUGAAUGAAGCGCUCAGGAACCGGGACGGAGCGAGGGAACAAAGCCCAGUCGAGACGGGGGACGACAGGGAGAGUUUAAAAAGAAAAGAAAAAAAAAAGAACAAAAUAAUCCGACUUAGUAAAAUCGUCUCCGCUCCUCCCAGAACUUCCAUGUAAAACAGUGAUUACCCCCAACUCUCCUCCCCCCUCCGCAACCUAUUUUACUCACUAUACUGACCCAGCUGGCGGAUGUUGCUACUGUAGGCUUUGUGACAGAAGAAGCAGCAGCCAGUUGUGAACCUGCCGCCUAACGGUGGCUCCUCUCUGGGACCGGGUCUCCCAGGAACUCCUCUCCCUUCCCAAAACAGGAUACCUCUUCUUCAGUUUUUUCUCCUCUUCCUUCCCUCAGCAGCCUGGUCGACUGAGCCGAACCUCAGUCUCACCUCAACCUCAGAAAAAACAAACAAUGCACUGUGUAUAUAUAACGGACUUCUAAAGGUUCUCAGUCACCCUCACCUCAUGACAUACUACCUACACCCUCAGAUUCACCUCUUCGCAGUGCAUCAGAAGAGGAGCCGUCCGCUGAUGAAGAGCUCUUCCUCCUCUUCCUCUCCGGCAGGGAUCGUUUGACCCCGGCGUGGGUCCGGUCAGCCUCUACCGAAGUUCUGCUUUCCUUUCCCUCACAGUCGCGCUGCUACAUUCGAUUGACACCAAACCAACUUUGCAAAAUGUCUGUUAAGAAGUAGCCUUACCUCCCCACAGCUGGUUGUUCACAUCCCACCGUUCCAAAGCGCACAAACAAAAUCUCCACAGUUCGAGUUUCUACCCAACAGCAGCUGCAGCAGGGUUUUUAUUUAUUUUUUUAUUUCUACUCUCUUAUGUUAAACUCCCCUCGGAGUAAAAGGAUGAAUCAACUUCCCCAAGAUAUCCAGUAAGGGGACAGUUGCUUUUGUUUUCCAUGCCAUCCAUGCCAAAGGAAGUGGCUCUGUGCUGAGUGAACCCAAAGUGACCUCUAACUCCUUUGGUGUCGAUUCCUCCUCAGUGUUCAGUGAAGCCUCUCCAGCUGCAGUAGGCUGGACACUACAGCAGGCCUGUGUCUGGACUGGUAGCUAUUGGCAGGCACUUACAUUAUACCCCUAAGCUAUUUACUACUUCUGUGACGCUGUCUCUUUAUAAUGAUAAUAAUGUAAGCUAUGUGCUUUUUUUUUAUAUACAGCAAAUAUUGAAUUAGACUGAAUCCACACUGGAGAUAAAUAUCAAAGAACUCUACAAACUUCUGUUUUUUUUAUUUUUUCUAUUUCACCUAUAAAUAACCUCAAAGGGAAGCGUUGAAGGGAACCAGUCACUUCGAGUGUCUUGGAUUCUUGUCGUCCUCGAUGAAAGUUCUCCAAAACCCUGGGUGUAGAUGAGCCUAGCUUCCUCUCUACUGCAGAUGUAUUAUAUUGUGGCAAGAAGUCAGGGAAAACUGCUAGCCUAGCAUUGCCCAAAAAUUGCUUUUAGUGUUGAUAAAUGGUUGAGUUGUCCAAAGGACAGGAAGUGGUGCAAAAGUUCCCAUGAUUGACGGUUUGAGUCUCUAUACUAGGGCUUAGCCUGCAUCAUUCACUGCACCACAGCUCCAUCUUGGGGUUCAAAUGGAGUUGGUUAAAUUCCUAUUUCCUGGUUCCCCAACCAGAGGGGCGACUGCAACUCUCCUCUGAAGUCAGAUUUUCCACUGGGAAAGUGGGAGCAACUCCAGCUACCCAAAGUUACCACUUAUAAGGUUGACUGUGAAUUGAAAUAUUGCUGCCACAUGUGGCGCCCAUGACUAUAACCUGAACAAAUGAAAAGCAGUGUUUGCUUAUGGAAAGUAAAGCUUAAAAAUUUCAGGUCUGACGUCAAAACCGACUCGGUUACGUCUGCAGUAACUGGAAUACAGCGAAACUAUGGAUUGUAUGUAAAGCUGAACCCAGUAAUCUGGUAAUAAGUUAAGCCAAUGUAACCCUAAAUAGUUCCCUUAUUCUAGUGUUGGUUGCCAACUCUCUCCUUUUGUUUUUCCUACAUUUACCCAUUGGACAUGCACUGGGUAAAAAAAACAACAACUCGCAGAGUAAUGCUGACUGACGGCAAGUUGGAGUAAAAAUUAUACACAAAUCAAGAGAAAAAUAUUACAUUUGUGCAAUAAAAUGUCAGACAAUGCUCAUUUAUAGCGCUUAACUCUACAUGGCAACAAUAUUUGACAUGGGGUGUUUAUAUUUUUGUUCAGUAUAUGUAUUUUAUUUUAUUUUUUUUUUAGUUGGGUCAAGGAAAAGUGAACACGUUUUUAAAGAGAGGACCCAUUCAGAAUCCUUCCAUAGAAUCAAACUGGUGUCAGUAGCUCCAUUUGUAGGAUUACAUUAGACUUCAACGCAUCAUUGGAACUAUCCAGCUUCUCAUCCAGGUUGGUCAGCCAUGGCUCAUUGAAAACUUGUAAUUGCUCUGAUAGCCUCAGGCAUGUGGCGGCAUCCACCGUUUCCAUGAGCUGCAACGCUAAAGGAAACACAAGAUAAUGUCUUAAUGGCGACAUUUGAUCCAGUAUUGAAAUAGUUGAAGCAGCAGAUCUAAGCCAGUAAUGGGCUCUAAACUAAAACCACUUGCUAACCGCUGCUAAGCUAAUAUUCACCACUCUUGUUUUUGUAGUCAUCUUGUUCUCAGACUUUAAUACUGGAGAUGAAGAGGAUGGAAUAUUUUUCAGGAAAAAAGACGCUCACUGUUCCUGAUGGCAGUUUUAAGUAGUCUGCGUUUCUGAUGCAUCAAAAUUUCUCAAACUACAACCAUGUGGGACCGUAUUGUAUGAUGGCAUGUACACCAACAUUUUAAUUAACUUGGAGAGAUGAGCUAAUUGCUUUUAUUCAAUACAGAGAAGCACAUACAGCUGCUUAAACUGUUUUCUAAUGUUUAACAUUUAUGACUUUGAUACAGAAACCUAAGUAAAAAUAUACAAACUCAACUAAAACUAAAUUUAGUUCUUAUUUAAAAUUUUGUAUUCAGAAUAUUCUGGCUUUUUGCUGUUUUGCUCUUUAGAUUUACACAAGUCUAACAACCUAACAUUAGCUGGGUAAUUAGUUGGGCUGUCUGCUGAGGUAGCUAGGCCAGUUGACAGUUAUAGGUGUUAAAAUGUUAACUUAAGAGUGGCAACUAUGGUACUCCUUUAGUGCCAUCAACUAUGGCAGAUGGCACUGAAUUCAGCAGAACACAGUUGGAGAUCUUGAGAAAGGUGAGGCUAUGCUAGGCUAGGCUAGAUCAAACAUCAAAAGAUUUAAAAACUCAGUGUUUUCUGUUAGUUUAUAUUGCUUUGGAUAUGUUUGUGAUCUAAAAAUCUUGUUUGUUUUUUGUAUGGCUAUUAUACAGCUAAUAUUUUCUGUAUGAAAAAAAUGUAUGUAUGAGCUCACUCAAGAUUCAAUAUGCAAAGUGAGGAGCUAUUUUUGGACAAAGUCAGGCUAGCUGUGCGUUUCCCCCUGCCUUUAUGCUACCAUUCUACCUUCAUGCUAAGCAUACUCAUGCUAAUUCUUUUUUACCAAAAAAAAUAAAUAAAUAAGUGAAUCAAAUUUUUAGGCCACCGGGUACAUGCAAGACUGUCCAAUGGUUUUGGAGAACUGAGAAGAAAAAAAAAACACACCUCAUGGCAGGAAAACAUAUCUUGUGAUUCUUCAUAUCUAAAAUGAUUUGAUGUUUGGGAUGAACCAGGUUACAUGUUACAACACGGAAAGUGUUUAACUUGAGUUUUUUUUUUUUUUUUCCAUGCUCAUAACUCCCCAUGCUGGGUUCUGGUCUAGAAAAGCUAAUCAACAGCUUCCGCUUGUAAGAAGCUUAAAAAACAAAACUGGUUUUUAAAGGAAGUGGUUAAAAAAAAAAAAGUAUGUAUUUAUGCUAAUUUUUUUUAUGGUAAUGUACAAAGACGAAUGAUAUGCUUUGAAAUGAAACAUGCUUUAUAGUUAAA